AUGUCUCAGAUGUUGGACUUUUUGAUGGACUCGCCCCACAAGUCUGUGAAACGCUGGGCUGGAGAGCAGCUAUACGAGAGAAUAUCAGCACGAAACUCGCGCCGAUUUGCUCCGGUAAGAUCUAAAAAUCUGGCCAAGCAAAUCACGACGAGGGGCAGCUUCCACAGCUGUCCCGAUCUGUCCACGCUACAGAUAUCAUCCCUGCCGCAACCGCCGAACGGCGCGAACGACGAUCCGUCCGGCAUUGAGGGGGAACUUGUUACUGCACCACCAUCCCGCUCUACAUCGCCCGACGCCUUCAGCCUCCGCUCCGGACCCCGAAAGCUUGUGUCGACUAAGAAGCGGGUCUCAAGAAAGGCGCGCGGCGUCCUGGGCAAGGUUCGGGCCUUCCAAAGGAUAGCUGCGGCCAAAAUGGCUCAUCCCACCAUCAAGAUCGACACAAACGUCCAAGCGACCAAGCGCUCCCUUCCCGAGGACAAUGAUGAAGGCUUCGAGGUCUUGGACAGCCCUGAUCAGGAUGGCCCGGGUCUGGAGGCUGGCGAUACUGACUCCGUCCCACCUUUUCUCUGCCAGUCCGUCCUAGAGAUCCAUCAAAAAUUCGAGGACCUAGAGUGGAUACAGCGGACACGUCUCGCAGAAGGUAUGCUCGCCAACGACCCCUCCCAUCGUUGGGCACUGGAGGCCGAUCCAGAGGUCAAGGCAAGGAACCGAUAUAUGAAUGUGCAGGCGUGGGCAAAUUGUCGUAUCCAUCUUCGCGUAAACGAUGGCGAGUGUGAUUUCAUCAAUGCCUCGCCGAUUACUCUGAGGGAUUCUGUGUCCCAGGAGGAGAGAAGGUAUAUUGCAACGCAGGGACCGAAAGCAGGAAAUAUAUCCCACUUCUGGCACAUGGUAUUCCAUGAAACGAAGGAAGUGGGGGUCAUCGUUAUGCUUACUCAAACAUUUGAGUCUGGACGAGAAAAAUGCUCUCAGUAUUUCCCUCUCAAUAGCGAUAAUUCCUUGAUCCUACUGCGGGAAGACGAACGUGACCCAUUUGUGAACAACGAGAACCACCCCAUCGGAGAUGAAAACGUCGUGGGCACGGUUGCGCUGCUAGAGACCACUUUUGACGAGAAGUCUCGUUCCGAAAUCCGCAAGCUGCGACUCACUUGGGGUGCCGAAUCGAAGAUCGUUUGGCAUUUCCUCUUUGCUGGUUGGGCGGACUAUUCCAAGCCUGAAGGCGACGACCGCAGCGCACUUCUUCAUUUGAUUGAGCAAACGGGCUCCAAGAGCUCCUGGGAUAAUCCACGUAUUGUGCACUGUAGUGCUGGUGUCGGCCGAACAGGCACUUUCAUUGCCCUCGAUCAUCUCCUAUUGGAGCUUCAAUCUGACCAAUGGUUGCAAGUCACUGACCCAGAGGUUGACCCAGUUUUUGAAACGGUCAACCAAAUGCGCGAACAGAGAAUGAUGAUGGUUUACAAUGAGAUGCAGCUGCAGUUUAUCUACGAGGUCUUGCGAGAGCAAAUCGAUCGGAAGCUUGGGAAGGUCCCUGAAGUCAACGGGCGAAAGUCCGAUGAGCGAUCUUCGAAAAUGGCCAAGUUAUCUACCGAGUCCUACUACCUGCCUUCCUCGAAACCAGAGCUGGAGCCUGUCUCGGAUCGUGCCUCCACACCAACCAGAAGCUGGUCGGGAACCCCAGAAGUCUCCGACCACGAAUAA